GAUUUUGCAGAUGAUCAGAGACUGAAGACUAAACAAAAGACUUAUUGGCCUCAACAUUAUUUAUUUCAUCCUUCAGGUUCCUGUCUUCUCCUUUGCUCUGUUUUUUCAGAUCUAUUCAAUGAAAUCAUUAUUUUUAUGCUUAGAUCUGUGAAAUCAUUAUUCUUCUUCCGUUUAACCUUCGCAUAGUUUCUUGCGGGAACAGAGUCUUAAGUGCACUGCCUGUUGAAGUUUCGCUCAUUUUGUUUCCUAAUUCUUAAUUAAGUCAAAUUGAUUUCAUUCUGUUUUGCCUUCGGAACUGUGUGAGGAUGGCUCCGCCGUAGAUUUUUUUUUUAAAUUUUAUUAAUUUUAAAUUAUUCAUUUAAAUAUUGAUAAAAGUAUUUAAACUUUUUAAAAUUGGGGGGAGAUUAGACAAGUAGAUUAUAAAGGUAAAAUAGUAAUUUUAAAAUUUUUAACAUAAUUACAAAUAAAAAGCUAAGUAUUUUAGAAUAUUUAACAAAAUAUUCCUUACGGUAUUAAUAAUUAGAUUAAAGUGUAGAUGUUGAAAUAGAUAGGAAAGCAAAACGGAAGAGACGUUAUUAUAUUAUAUUUAUUUUUUUAAAAUGUUAUUGAGAUUUUUUUUUUGGGUUAAACUUAUUGAGACUUUUAAGUUUUAACAUGCAUGUGUCACCUUCAGCAGUUUGUUAAAAAAUAGUUUAUUUUUUAUUCACGUCAUACAUUAAUAUCAACAUGGCCGUAGAUGGAGAUUAGUACUGGUAAUUCUGAUGGGCCGACUUUAUUUAACAGAGAUUUAAAUAUGAUCAUAUUUAAAAAAAAAACCAUAUAGUACCUAACACAAGAGCUUUUGAUAUGAUCCAAGUACCUAAAUUAUUAAAUAUUAUUUUAUUUUUUAUUUUUAGCCAAUUUAUAUUGUUAUCUUAAAAAUUAUACUUUUCAAUUUUAUCUUAUUUUAAUUUUAACUUAUUAAUUACAAAAAAUAAUUUGAAUUUUUACACUAAUUAGUCAUUCGAGUUGGCUUGAGUUGGAGUUCUUUCGGGCUCAUUUGAGCUGCUGAAUAAAUUCAAAAUAAAGAAAAUUUUAUAAACUCUUAAACCUGACCUUAAUAUUUUUUCAAGCUAGCCCAAACUACUAGCUCUAAUGGAGAUACAUGACACAUGAAUUUAAAUAUAGAAGAAUAUGUUUUAAAGUGAAUAAUAAAAAUAGAAGGAUACGGGUGGUACUUGGAUUCACCGUUAAAAUGAAAUUACAAUAAUGGAUUGAUCGUCAAUGGUUGGUCUGAAUAUAAAAAUAAAUAAAUUGCAAUCCACAUUGCACGGUAAUUACUGAUAACAUUAUAUUAUAUAAAAUAAAUGUCUAAAAAGUAAAAAAGUUAAAACACAAUAAAGUAAUGAAAACUGAAAAGCAACAUCACAUGGUUCUGUCCUUUCAUUCUUCAUUUUGCUUCUCAUUUUUUCUCCAUUUUCUCUCUCCGAAAUUUGUAGCAGCCUGCUUAACUUCAUCUUAUUUCACUUCCAAAUCCAACAAAUCUUUCCACAUUACGUCAUCCUUCAGCUUUCAAAUUGUUGUUAUGGCACUUGAAGCUCAUGGAGUUGACUACCCUUCAAGCUCAUCUGGUUCGAGUAGGAGAUGGAAGUAUCAUGUGUUCUUGAGUUUUCGAGGAGAAGACACUCGUAGAAGAUUUACAGAUCACUUGUUUUGUGCUUUACAACGCACGGGAAUUAAAGCUUUCAGGGAUGACGAAGAACUUGAGAGGGGACAUGUUAUUAAACCAAGUCUGCUCCAAGCAAUUGAAGAAUCUCUUUCUGCAAUUGUUGUUAUCUCUCCAAAUUAUGCUUCUUCAACCUGGUGCUUAGAAGAGCUCUCAAAGAUUCUUCAUUUUAAGAAAAAGUCAGGUCUGCAUGUAUUUCCAAUCUUUUAUGAUGUGGAUCCGUCUGAUGUUCGACAUCAGAGAGGAAGUUUUGCAAAAGCAUUUAAAAAGCCUGAAGAAAAACUUCCAGAAGAUAAGACGAAGGUGCAAAAUUGGAGGGGUGAUUUGGAAGAAGUUGCUAACUUAUCUGGUUGGCACUCUGAUAAUUGGUAAUUUUUUGAACUUUCAAUAACUAUCAUGAAUAUUUUUUAAAUAAUAUUAAAGGUGUGGAUGUGAAGAAUAUUUGCUUUCAUGUU